AUGCUCGCUCUCUCCGCCCUCCUGCCAGCCUACUCCCACCCGUCUUCGGUCUGUGCGGUCGGCGACCUGCAUGGCGACCUGCAGCACGCUCUCGCGGCGCUCGCGCUCUGUGGCGCCGUCGACCCGGAGACGGGGAGCUGGGUGGGCGGCGCGAUGACGGUGGUGCAGACGGGCGACGUGCUCGACCGCGGAAACAAUUCCCUCGGCGUGCUUCGCGCGCUCUGGCGGCUACAGGCGGAGGCUGAGGCCGCCGGCGGCGAGCUGGUGCUGCUGCUCGGCAACCACGAGCUGAUGAACAUGCAAGGCAAGGUCCACUACGUGCACAAGGCGGAGCUGGCGGCGGAGGGCGGCGCCGGCGCGUGGAAGCGGCGCAUGCAGCCCACCGUCGGCGACCUCGGCGCCGCGCUGCUGCGGCACGACGCCGCAGCAGUGCGCGGCGGAGGCGCCUGCCGGACGCUGUUCGUGCACGCUGGCGUGCGGCUGUCGGUGGCGGAGCGGUUCGGGUCGGUCGAGAGACUGAACGAGGCGGUGGGGCACAACAUUGUGCCGUGGGUCUCCUCGCGCUGCGGCGGCACACUCGCGCUGCUUGACGUUGGCAUGUCUUCCGCGUACGGCGGCUUGCCCGCCGCGUGCGACGUCGGAGAGGAGGGCGAGGCGCGAACCGCGGCGCUCUACUACCACGGCGCCGCCACCCGCGGCCCCGUGCGCAGCGUCUCGCCGCCUCCCGAGCUAUGCGAUGCUUGCAGCCGCUUCACGCCGGCGGGCGGCGGAGGCGACCGCGCCGAGGCGGCGCGGCAGGAGAACGCCGCGCACGACUGCCACGAGUACUGCCCGCCCGAGAGGAUGGAGCUCUAG